AUGAGAAGACUCCUGCAGGUCCUCCUCGUAUUCUCGUGUCUGGAUGAGGGUCAGUCUGGCCCUGGCUGCAAUCUCCAGAGUCGGCCGGUGGAAACCUUCUCACAAUCCGGCGAUGUUCUGAUUGGUGGAAUUGUUGAGGUUCAUUCCGGAAUCAUUCUCCAACGACCAACUUUCCGGGAGAGGCCGAAGCCACGUUCAUGUACGGGGUUCCACAUGCGUUACUAUCGGGAUGUUCUGGGCCUCAUGUUUACAGUGGAAGAAAUUAACAAUUCUCCCGACCUGCUGCCUAAUAUCACUCUUGGCUUCACUGUAUUGGAUUCUUGUAUGUCAGAGCCUGUGGUUGUGGAAGGAGUUCUGUCCCUGCUGUCAGGACUUGGAAACCCCAUACCGGGAUAUAACUGUCACACAUCUUCAGCCAUGGUCGGGAUUGUAGGAGACCAGUAUUCCUUUUUAUCUAUUCCUAUUGCCCAGAUAACUGGCGUCUUCCAUUUCCCACAGAUAAGUUUUGGGGCUACCUUUCCAACUCUCAGCAAUAAAGUGUUAUUCCCAUCAUUUCUUCGCACGGUACCCAACUUACUUCAGAUAUGGGUUCUUGGUGACCUUGUUGGCCAGUUUGGUUGGACUUGGGUCGGCAUGUUGGUGGCAGACGACGAUGUUAGCCAUCAGGGUGGACAGAUUAUACAGGCUAGGAUAAAGAGGAACGGAGGCUGUGUUGCUUUUCUUGAGAAGGUCCCCCAGAGUUAUUCAGAUGAACAAAUCAAGAGAGUGGUGGACGUCAUUAAAAGAAGCUCCGUCAGUGUGAUUGUUGUGCACAGCCCGGACGUCCAUAUGAAGGCCCUGCUAGAAGCUUUGUAUGAUGAGGGAGUUACUGGGAAAAUUUUGAUUACUUCCAACUACUUUGGACUUUCUGUUGAAGCUUUCUCCAGGAAAACCUGGAAGGUUCUAAAUGGGACAAUUGGACUCAGUCCCCAUACUGGCACCAUGCCGGGGUUUGAGGAAUUCCUUCUGAACCUUCACCCAACUGGCCAUGUGAGAUAUCCAUUUAUUAGGCCAUUUUGGGAGAAAGCUUUCAGCUGCCAGUGGACUGCUGGAGAUAGUGAGCGGUCAAACACUCCCGAUAUAAAGGCGACCUGCACUGGGGAGGAAGAACUGGGCAGUAAGGUCGCGCAAUUAUUUGAAACCAAUGAUCCCAGCUACACUUAUCAUGCCUCCCUGGCUGUGUAUGCCUAUGCACAUGCUCUGCACUCACUCCUUGGCUGUAACACCGGAUCCAAUUGGUUUCAUGAUCAUGGGACAUGUGGACAUAUUAAUGAGGCCCAACACUGGAAGGUCCUCCGUUACCUCAAGAAAACCAGUUUCCACUCGAAGUUCGGGGAGCUGAUAAAGUUUAAUGCCCAGGGGGACCUUCCCGCUCCCUUUGGUGUCUUCAACAUGCAGUUCCCCAAUGACAGCUUCAACCUGGUGAAAGUAGGGAUGAUUGACCCUGAAGCCAAACUGGGUGAGAUGAUCAGCCUGAACUUCAGCGCCAUCCUCUGGAAUGAUCAGGUAAGUGAUGUGCCAGUCUCUGUCUGCAGUAACAGCUGUCGGCCCGGGUACAGGAAAGCCCCUCUACAAGGAAGACCCAUCUGCUGCUAUGACUGCGUGCCCUGCUCUGAGGGAGAGAUGUCCAAUCGCACAGAUGCGGAUCAGUGUACCAGAUGUUCCUCCGAUCAGUGGCCCAAUGAGGAGAAGGAUAGGUGUGACCCAAAGAUUAUAGAGUUCCUCUCAUACAAUGAACCAUUGGGAAUCAUGCUGCUGUUAACAUCUCUCAUGUUGUCAACCCUCACGCUCUGCAUCUUAAUUAUCUUCAUUCAGUUUCGGGAAACUCCCAUCAUCAAAGCCACCAAUAGGGAGCUGAGCUUCAUCCUGCUGGUGUCUCUCAUUCUCUGCUUCCUCUGCUGUCUGGUGUUCAUUGGUCAACCGUCCCCUUUCAGUUGUCUCCUGAGACAAACCUUCUUCAGUGUGGUCUUCUCCAUCAGCAUCUGCUCGGUCCUGGCCAAGACUAUCAUGGUGAUCCUCGCCUUUAAGGCUACCAGGCUGAACAGUCCGUUGAGGAAAUGGCUCGGUCCCACCAUCCCUCGUAAUGUUGUUGGGAUCUGUUCUAUUUUGCAGAUCAGCAUGUGUACACUUUGGCUAUACAGGUCCCCUCCUUUUCCCGUGCUGAACACCAAAGGCCCUAAGAUAAUAUUUGAGUGUAAUGAAGGACAGAAAGUAUUCUUCUACAUGUCUCUGGGGUUCAUGGGCUCUCUGGCCAUGGUGAGUUUCCUGGUGGCCUUCCUGGCGAGGAACCUCCCGGGAAGCUUCAACGAGGCCAAACUGAUCACCUUCAGCAUGCUGGUCUUCUGCUGCGUCUGGAUCUCCUUCAUCCCGGCCUAUCUGAGCACCAGUGGAAAAUACACUGUGGCUGUUCAGAUAUUCGCUAUCCUGGCCUCCAGUGCAGGACUGCUGAGCUGUAUAUUCCUGCCGAAAUGUUAUAUUAUCCUGCUGAGACCAGAGAGGAACCAUCGAGAGUUCUUAUCAGGAAGUAGAAAGAAGAGGAAUCUGAGGAAAUGA